UUUCAGCUCGUCGUGCUGGUAUGCGCUUUCGCAGCAGCUCAUGCGGGUGUGGUAGCACCCGUGGCAUAUACAGCGCAUUCGGCGCCAGUCGCAUACGCGGCCGCACCUGUGGCGCAUGCUCCUGCUGCACCGUUGGUAACAAAGGUAGCGGCGGUGGCCGAGGCAUACGAUCCUCAUCCCCAAUAUAGUUUUGCGUACGACGUGCAAGACGGCUUGACCGGCGACUCCAAGACCCAACAGGAGACACGCGACGGCGACGUAGUGCAGGGCUCCUACUCCGUGGUGGACCCUGAUGGCACCAAGCGCACCGUGCAGUACACUGCCGACCCUCACCAUGGUUUCAAUGCCGUCGUGCAUCGCGAACCUCUCGGCCUCAAGGUAGCCAAGGUAGCUACCCCUGUCGCCUACGCUGCCCCAGUUGCAAAGGUAGCUGCACCCACAGUCUACGCACCUGCUUCCGUUGUUCAUUCCGCCCCUUUCUACCACCACUAA